CCAGAGGAGGGGGAGCGUCCCCUGGGCUCGGUGUGGGAGAGUCCACGCGGCCCGCGGAGCCCUCCUCGGGUUCCAGCCGUCCGGGGGCGGAGCCGCGAAAAGACUACAGCCCUCACGCCCAGCUGCGGCCCGCGUUUGGCGGCAGAAAUGGUGUGCGGGUCUAAGUGUCGCGGCGGCACACUCGCGGCGAGAAUCAGGAGGAGGAGACUGCAAGGAUAGGCCCAGGAGCAAUGGCGUCCAAACAAGAGAAAGCAGUAAAAAAUCUCAACAUGGAAAAUGCCAUCCAGGAAAACAAAAAAAAGAAUGAAAAGGAGCAAGUUGCAAAUAAAGGAGAGCCCUUGGCCAUCCCUUUGGAAGCUGGUGAAUAUUGUGUGCCUAGAGUAAAUCGUAGGUGGUUCCGUGUUAGGCAGCCCAUCCUGCAGUAUAGAUGGGACGUGAUUCAGAGGCUUGGAGAGCCACAGGCCAGGAUGAGAGAAGAGAAUAUGGAAAGGAUUGGGGAGGAGGUGAGACAGCUGAUGGAAAAGCUGAGGGAAAAACAAUUCAGUUAUAGUCUGCGGGCAGUUAGCACUGACCCCCCUCACCAUGACCGUCAUGAUGAGUUUUGCCUUAUGCCUUGAAUCCUGAUGUUGUCUCUGAAGUUAAUAGGAAGACACACCUGCUUCCUAAACUUACAUGUUCUCAAUGUUCCUUUGUUGUAAACCUUUUGGUGUUAACAUGUCUCUUGUGAGUCUCCUAUGACUGCUUCUGAUUGAAUAUUGUAUUUUGACCCAAUGUGUAAGAUUCUGUCAGCUGGGGAGUUUUACCCUAUUGCAUGGCAAGAUGCUCAUUAUCUAUUGUGAAGUUAAUAAAGCAGUUUAAAAAGAUA